AAGGUUUUGAGCGCGCCUCGACAAAUCCGUUUUUAACUGGCACCUCCUCCGUUGUCCGUUUUACAACUUCAAUGUACUCCGUACCUGCCUUAGUAAGGUACGAAGUACAUGCUAUCUGAGUGUGGGAGAGGUCUCGUGUCACUGGUCACUAAAGGUACUCACGGCAGCAAGAAGCAAGUCCGAGUUGCUCCUUGUUCAUCAUACACGUUUUUUUAGGGGAACAUCAAAAAUCCGCGAGAGCCAUUACCAACAGGAUACCUUAUUAACGAAGGCGACAUCAUAGUGUAUAACAUGACCAGAGCUUCAACCUAGCUAAGAUAAGAAUUUAACUAACUCACGACCCUCUCCCCUCAUCUGUCAUUCUGUCCCUUCGAGACUGCGGCAAUUCCGCCAACCUCGCCCACCAUGCCUUUCCCUUACAAGACAGUUCUCGUUACGGGCGCAACUUCUGGCAUAGGCCGUGGCCUUGCCGAACGUCUAAUUGAGCAGGGUGUUUUCGUCAUCGCAGUAGGCCGUCGUAAGGACCGACUUGAUGCACUUGUUGAGAGACAUGGAGGUGCCAGGGUUGCCAGUGAGCCGUUUGACAUCUCAAACCUCGAGGCUCUCCCUUCUUGGACAGAGAAGAUCAUUUCCACCUACCCGUCCCUUGAUGCAGUUCUCCUAAACGCAGGAGUUCAGCGUAGUCUCAACUUCAACUCGCCCGGCGCUUCCAGUCCAGAUACCCUGGCCCAGACGACCUCGGAGCUGGUCACCAACUAUAUCUCGCCUCUUCAUACCACUCUGCUAUUCCUCCCACACCUCCGCGCCCGCGCUGCCAACGGUGACCCAGCCGCCAUCCUUCUUGUUUCUUCCUCCCUAGCUCUCGUUCCUAUCUCCCGUUGUCCCAACUACUGUGCCUCCAAGGCGGCUUUACACUCCUUGGCUUGGCAGCUUCGGGCCCAGCUCCAAGACGCGACGGCCUCGGAGGGUCAUUCGAACCAGCCCGGCGUCAGGGUUAUUGAGAUCAUCCCACCUGCCGUGCAAACGGAGUUGCAUACCCAACAGGGCCUCGCCCCCAUCGGUAUGCCGCUUGAGGAAUUCCUCACUGAAACUUGGUUGGCAUUGGAAAGGGGGGACCAAGACGAAAUUCUUGUCGGUCCGGCAAGGGACCAUAGUCAUGUGGAAGAGGAAAAGCGGCGCACGUUUGCCUGGGUUGCUCAGCAAAUGAAGUUACAGGGCAGUGACACCUAG